UGCACCUGUCACAGUGCUACAGGCUGGACACAGGAGAGGUCACACAUAGGAACUGUCCUAGGAACCUGCCGCUUGGAAUUUUUCUUCAUUGCUCUGGGAUUGGGGAUUAACCAGCUGGGAUUUGCUUAGUGGCUUCUGUAGUGAAGAAAGAAGAGACAAAAGACAAGAUGAGCUCCUCACCUCAGCUCAACGGGGUGUCGAAGCCAAACGCCAAAUCAAUUUAUGAACAAAGAAAGAAAUAUUCAAAUGUUAUCAUGGCCGAUGUGUCUCAGUAUCAAGUGCACCAUCUGGUUACAUUCACAAUUGGGGAGGAUGAUGAUGUGCACACCGUGGAAGAUGCCAUCCGUAAGCUGAAUGCAGUGGAUAGCAAGGGGAAAAUCUGGAUCCAAGAAAUGUUAAUAGAAGUGAACAGUUCAGUGGUCAAGCUCGUAGAUGUAAACAGCAAGGAGGAACUAGAAGAAUUUCCCUUAUCUGCCAUCCAGCGAUGUGAUACAGUUCUGCCAGAGAGAAGGAACCACCCUCUGUUGAUACUGGUGUGCCAGGACACAUAUCAGCCAAAACCUGAUGUGUAUUUCUUCCAGUCUGAUUAUGUUGCGGCACAUUUAAUCAAGGAAGACAUCAACAGUGCUGUGUCUGAUUUUCAGUCAGGUGUUAAUGCAAAACGUCCUGAAGCACUAAGGAACAAUAUGGAGCAGAUUGCCCAGGGUGCACCUGGCCCGAAUACAUUCACCCCGCUAGGCCAGUGGAGGCAGCCGACAUCACAGUAUGUUACCCCAGCAGAAAUCCUGGAGAGAGAAGCACAACGUAAACCAAUGGUAAAGCCACCUCGCUCAUCUUUGACCAAAAUCAUUGUCAGUUCAACUGAUCAGGGGCAACAGUCAAUUGAGACACCACAGUACCCACAGGAACCAUUAUAUAGUGAGAUCAAGCGUCAUGACAAACCACAGCAGUUUGUACAAGAGUCUGGGAGUCCUCAGCUGCAACAGAAAACAUUAAAAGUUCCAGGAGAAGCAGCAACAGACCCAUCAGCUGUUCGAUCCGGACAUGAAGUGGACUUGCUGAACCACUGCUUUGAUGACAUUGAGUUCUUUAUGGGAAGCCUACAGAAAUCUGCCGAAGCAUUUAAAAUGCUCAACCAAAGGAAAAAGUCCAGAAGAACCAAGAAAAAAGAAGCUGGUGAGGGACUUUUGACUCUUCGAGCGAAGCCACCCAGGAUUGAAGAAUAUGAGGAUGCAGUGCGAAAAUUCAAAUAUUGCUUUUGCCUUCUGGCAAGACUUAGAAAUAACAUUGUAAAUCCAAGCGCAAUCGAACUUGUUCAUUUCUUGUUUGGCCCACUAAGAACGCUGGUUGACAGUUGCGGUGGUGUGGAGAUGCCUGCGGAAAUUACCACUCCACUGCUAACUAAUGAAGCAGUAACUUUCUUGAAGGAAAGCUUAAAUGAGCAGGAGCUAGAGCUAUGGACAUCCCUUGGGCCUAACUGGACAAAGCCACGGUUGGAAUAUCCCAAAGAAUUUUGUCAGCCAUACACUCCAACAUUCAGAAGCGGAUGGGUACCUGUUAGCACAAAUGGCAAACCAUGGGAAGAUCCAAUUGAACUUCAGCAUCGCCACGAGGAACUGCGGGCUCAGCAAUCUGCACCUCAAGUCAAUAUACCUGCCCCCAUUCCAGCAGUAAACGGCCAUGAAGAAACAGAUGCCAAACGUGUGAGCUGUACAUACGACUUUGUGGCGAGAAAUAGCAGUGAAUUGUCUGUGUUACAUGGAGAGGUCCUGGAGGUCAUUGAUGACUCCAAAAAGUGGUGGAAGGUUCAGAAUCGCUUUGGACAGAUUGGUUAUGUUCCUUACAACAUUCUUGCCCCUUACACUGCUACAGAUGCCAACAAAGCAAAUGUUAAUGGCUCCCAGCAAUCAAGCCCCAGCAAGGUACCACCUCCAAAACCACCAAAAAAACCUUCAAAUGGUAUUGCUCGAAACUCAUGGGAUCAAAGCAAUGGACUGAACCAGGAACAGAUAACUGAACAAGGCAAAAUGGAAAGAAUAAGCAGCAUGAACGAGGAGCUGCUUCUCCGGCUGGCUAAUGGUCGCACAGCGCCACAGAAGAACCUGAAUAUACAAAAGAUGCCAGACACUUCCAUCCCUCUGACCGAUGAAUCAAGCCCGGCUGAGGUCACUGCAUGGUUGCAGGCCAAAGGUUUCAACACACUGACUGUGAAUUCCCUGGGAGUGCUGAAUGGGGUUCAGCUCUUCUCUCUCAGAAAGGAUGAAUUUAGGGCAGUGUGUCCUGAAGAAGGAGCUAGAGUAUACAGCCAGGUCAUGGUGCAGAAAGCUCUUCUUGAGGACUCAAAGAAGAUCUCCGAGCUGGAGGCUGUGAUGGAGAGACAGAAGAAAAGGGUGGACACGAAUGGGGAAAGAGGAACCUUCUGAGGAAUUUCAUGGACUUAAUAAAGACUCUAUUUAUCUCAUCCCAAAGAGUAUCUAUAUAUAUAUAUAUUAUGUAUAUGUAUAAACUUAACUACAGUAAGUAUCUAUAUGCCAAAGCCAGAUCCGCACAGUAGAAACAUUUAAUGGAUUUGCGGAGUCCUGUUGUGACACAACUGGUUCAUUGGAGUAACUGAUCACAGGAUGAAUGUGGCCUUUAAUCAUCAAGGAGACUUCUGCAGUCCAGUUGUUAAGUCUGUAGAAGAAAAGCUUUAAAUGAUAAGGAUUCUCUACAUACCUAUAGCACUGACCCUUCUGCAUCAUCCUCUUGAAGAUUCUUGUUUCGUUACUUGGAAUUACAGUGUUUCGUUCUAUCUCUUGGGCUUUAAAAGUUAAUGAAACCGGUUUCCUAAAGUUUCUCUUUAAGGAGCCCCCAGGGCAAAUAUAUUAUAUGCUGCGAGUCUAGAAACUUCUGCAUCGGUUUUCCAUAAGCUGGGACUCUAGAUAUCGUCAUGUGGAGCUAUGAGAUACAGUGCAAUAAGAUAUAUAUUGGAUGGUAACCUUAUAACAGGUGCCAAGCUUGCUCCAGUUCUAGAAGCCAAUAGCAACAAGGCAGCAGUUACUGGACAUUUUUUUUGAGAGCAAACGUCUGAUUGGUAGCCCCUGGUUACCGUACCUGGAGCACACUUUGCCCCUAUUAUACAUUAUUUCAUGAUUUUUUCAAGUCACAGAGAAGUGAUAAUAUGAACUCCCCGAACCUUGCCUAGGCAGGGUACUGCUACAUUUGUCCAGUCAGGAUAGAAUGGCUGAAUGAUCAAGCCAAAAACUGCAAGCUAUUUGGUGGGGACCUGUAACAUCUUAUUGUGGUUUUUGGAACCCUGUUGUCUUAAAAUGUCUCUUUUUUAUUUAAAUGUCUGUCUUUCUGUAUUUAAAUGCAUAAAACAAAAUUAAAAGGGCUCUCUUACUGGGCUGUAUAUUUCUUUGAA